AUAUUUUAUAUCUGUAAGUCUAUCAUCACAGCGUAUUCGUAUCACCCUUGUGACAUUUUUUUUAUUCACUCUCUUUACCUCUGUAUUGCACCACACAUGUAUUUAAUUAUACCUUUUGUCUGGUUCCAAUUUCUGAGAACAGAAUACAGAUGUUUUUAACUUAAAUCUUGUCCUUAUUUACAUAAAAAUUGAUAGUUAUCAUCAGCAAAUGUAAUAAAGAACUUGAACGCAUAAAGAAUAAAAAAAAAAGCAUACAUCUCUACUGCCGUAUCUGUUCGCUUAUGCUGCAAUAGAAACUUCAUGAUCGACCUGUGAAAGACUUUAAAGAAGUCGAAAAUAACACUAUUACAAUUUUUGAAGACUGCAGCUUCUUACCAGGUUGAUCAUUAUCAUGAUAUACUUCACCAUGUAGAAGCCAUGGAAGAUGAACAAUUGGAUAUUUACCCCCAAUUACCGGAAGAAAUUGAAGCAGAAGUUCAUGAUAAUGAUGAUCAAGAAGGGAUCGAGAAUGUCGAGUUUGCUGAUUAUGAUAUAGAAAAUGAAGUUGUUGAAAAUGAAGAUGAAGAUAUAGAGGAGUCAGGAGAUGAUGAAAUCCCUCAGGACAGGUAUCAAAUAUGCAUCAAGGGACCGCGGGAAAUUAUUGUCCACCCUUGCUGCCAUUACCGUAUGUGCCAAGUCUGCUCAAAAAAAGUGCAGAAGACAGCUCAAGAGAAACGUCUCCCGUUAAAAUGUCCGUUUUGCAAUGAGCUGGCGCAAAUGUUUUGUCGUGUUUUCUAAAAUUUAACCAUUUCUUAAAUCAUUUGAUUUUUUAAAACCAUUUUAAUUUUUUUUAACCAUACUU